GACUCCCUCAAAAUUUAACUAAUAAAUACAAUAAUAAUUCCUUGUCCCUCUGGGUCUUGAAAAUGUAUAUCAUGGGCAUAAUCUUUUGCUUCUUUGAAUGCGUUCUAAGCGCUGUUUGCCCCGAGGGUGUGGGCUAAUUUGGGAAUGCCGUGGUUUCACUUUCGUUUUUAUUAGAUAAUAUAAUUCGUUCUGUUUAUUCUUCUGGUGACUCAAUGACAGUCAUGGACAGCCCAAAGUUUGAACAAGCUAUAUCUUUAGUUGAAUAUCUGAAAGCGGUCGCUCACUCGUUGCAAUAUGCUUUCUGUAGACACUUUAAUAUUGUCCCUCAUGAUCUUGUUUCUGCCGGGAGUUGAUUGUUUCAUGGCUAAAUAUUUGCAGGGGAAUCGGUGAUGCCUCUUGCUCGAAAAUUAUGUCUCGAGUACAAAUGCAUGUUACUGCUUCUGCCACUACGUAACGCUCCUCGAGCCUUCGAAGAUUAGCCAAUGAAAAACGCUCGCAUGUCUGCGCCUACUCGAAUAAGGCGCAUACCCACUGUCGGCGGAGAAACCUAUUACGCCCAUAGUUAUUUGUUUACUCAUAACUGAAUUACCAGUUCUUAAUUUUCAGACAAGCUGAUGUCCGGAGCGCCAAGUCGAGUGAUUAACGUGUCAUCGAGCAGUUAUGUUGGAAGGCAGUUGGAUCUUGGCGAUUUGAACUUUGACAGACGACGUUAUUUCUACUUUCGUGCUUAUUCGCAGUCCAAGCUCGCCAACAUCCUCUUCACUAAAGAACUUGCACGACGGCUAAAGGGAACAGGAGUGGUGACGAACGCUGUGGAUCCUGGUUUAGUUUACACCGAAAUCAAUGGUCGACCGAAUCAGUCCAUGAUCUGUCGGUUCUUGGAUUCAACCAGAAGUAUUAUAGCUCGGACUGAGUCUCAAGGAGCACAAACGCAGCUGUACUUGGCUCUGUCUGAGGAAGGUGGUGUAGAGAGUGGCUCAUAUUACGUCAAUUGUAGGAAAGAACGUUUGUGGGGUAACGCAAGCGACAUGAAUCUAGCGAAGAAGCUCUGGGAGGUGUCGUGCAAAAACGUGCAACUCGCGCAAGAAGAAAUGAUUCCUGAUGCUGAAGAAAAUUCAAGUAACGCAAAUACGACUAAAAGGAAUGCCCGAAAAAACAUAAAUACGUCGUGAUUACUGCCUAUAUAUCAAAUAAUAGCAAGAAAUAUUUAUCGAACGCUUUUGACGACACCCUAGGACUAAAUACCCUAGUUCACAACACAAAAAAGAUCUCAUUCUAUGUCAGAAAAUCUUUUCAGUCUGAAGUACAAAGCUAAUAGAAGAGAAUAUUUUUCGUAAACAAAUGUGUAUACGGACUAAGUCGAAUAAGUCUCUUUGAAGAAAACAUUAAAUAAUAUUUCAAUUUAAAGCCUUUAUAUCAUAAUGACUGCCUGAAAUCCUUAUUUAGUGCGAGACGAGCUUUAUAAAUAAGGGUAUGGAUUACAUGAAAAUACGCAAAAAAUAUAAGCUACUUCCACCGUCCAGCAAGCAGCAGCCAACGUGCCUCCGGGCAGAUCGAGAAUGUGAAAUCUCAGCCCGCUCCUAUAGCAGUCCUACAGAUACAGACACCGUUAGAGUUCCAGACUCCAGUUGCGAACUGUUCGUCGUUUGGGUAGGAUGUCGUAGUUUUGUGCUGAAAAGUCACCACGGAACAAAAAAUUUGACUUACUAUGGAAACUUUGCAAAAAAUCAAAUGCCAUGUGUUGCUUCUCAACAUAUUAGCGUCCACACGAAUCAUGCACAGAUAGAAAUGUUUUAAAGCAGGGCCGCUUGCAGGCUGAUUUCGAACGUUUUCCAGGAAUAUUUAAAUUUUGGUGAGGUAUAUUAAGGCGUUUAUAUUAGCGUUUACAAUUGACAAUGAAAUAUCAGCAGGGUUAACUAAUUUUAAUUAUAAUUUCGGCUCCAAAUUCUAUACGAUGACCUGAUUUUGGUGAGACGAGAGAGUGAAAUUAACAUACUCGCAAGUUAACGUCGGUAAUAAUACAGAAACAGUAAAAAAUUAAUUAUCCAUCUAUGAUUGACUAUGUCCUGAAUUUAUAUGUAUGUCGAAGAUUGCUUCGAAUUUAACAGGAAACAUCAGAAAUUAGUUUUCCUUCAGUUUGAGAGUUUUACCGUCACCGUUAACGCGUUAAGUGCAUCAGCAACAUGAUCAUCAUGAGUUAUCUUAAUGCUUGAACAGAGAUUCAUUUUAAACUUAGCCUCAGCACUUAUAUCGCUGGCCUUCAUAAGAAACAAUCUAUUUUGCUAAGAAAACUGUCACAAUUUUCUAACGCGAUAGAAAAAGCUUAUUAGUUAUAAGGUGGCAAUAGAACCCUAUGAAUCGUAGUUAUGACCAGUACGUAUUAUAUGUUUUUAGUGAUUAGCUUGUAGUAUCUGCUGAGUUGCAACUUAUGUGUUCUUGAAAAUAGCUCUCAUCAAGCGUGAAGAUGAUUUUUAUAUACCGGUAUUGUCAACGAUUUACCAUGGAAGGCUCUCGGCCAGAUAAUUCAAAUACAACUCUAAACAAUGUUUAUGCAACCCAUUUGUACACGCAGAGACUUCCAUACGAAAACUUUCUCAUCAUGUCAGUAGGUCUGUGGAUAUUCUUGAGUGUAGUAGCGUUUAUUGCCUUCAUUUUCCUAAGUCUAGUUAUAUUUGGCAUCAUUAACCGGUGGAUGGCCAGAAAAUGUCCUGAUGGCGUGCGCCUCGAUGGAAAAACUGUCAUUGUUACGGGAGCUAGUGCAGGUGAGCCUCAUUUUCCAGCGUGUUCUUCGUAAAAUACAUAGCUAUAUAAUAAUAAUAAUAAUAAUAAUAAAUAAUCAUGGUAUUAGAACAGUGACGGAACGAUCAUGAAUGUUAUGGCUUCCUUUCUGUGUCGUAAGGGAGAGACCCCGUAGUGAUAGUAUUUAUUUAACAUUAAUUUGUCUGUUGUUGGAUUUGAAUUUGUCAUUCACUGAAGGUCUGUUGUGACAGCAAUAAAUAAUUGACGUUA